AUGGAGAGGGCGUUGAUCGAAGCGUGUCAGGCAGGAAACGUCGACGCACUGCACCAACUCCUCCGAUCAAACCCCUUUCUUCUCCACUCAACAGCAGCAUGUUCCCCGCAGCAAAAUCCCUUUCACGUCGCCACAAUCGCCGGGCACGUUGACUUCACGAGAGAGAUGCUGAAGCUGAAGCCAGAGUUCGCCGGCGAAGUGAACCAAGACGGCCUCACCGCCUUGCACUUCGCGGCGGUGAGCGGGCAGCUCGAGAUCGUGAGGGAGUUGGUGAAGGUCAACAGGGAUUUGUGUCGGGUGGAAGAAGGAAGAGACGGAUUGACGGCUCUUCACUGCGCGGCCAUGAAAGGCAGGGUGGAGGUUAUCGGCGAGAUGCUGGCGACCUGUCCCGGUUGUGUCGACGAUGUGACUGCCCGGCGAGAGACUGCUCUCCACCUGGCGGUGAGGAACAGCCAGUUUGGAGCAGUUAAGGUUUUGACGGAUUGGAUGGCGGAGAAGAAUAAAAGAGAGGCGUUGAAUUUCAAGGAUGAACAGGGGAACACGGUUCUUCAUCUUGCGGCAUGGAAGAAACAGAGACCAGUGAUUGAAUUGCUCCUGGGAAACAGAAUUGCAGGCACUCUAGACGCAAAUGCCAUGAACCACGCAGGUCUCACGGCGCUAGAUUUGAUGCUCAUGUUCCCAAGUGAGGCAGGCGACAGAGAAAUUAUUGACAUCCUUCAAGCCGCUGGAGCACUACGAGCCAGCGCCAGAGAGAUUCCCACAUCCCAACACUCAGCUGAUCAUACAACCGUAACCAUUUCCAACUCGACACUACCAGUGCCACGUCGGCGAACUGCAGAAGCAAAAGAGCUGAUAGAGUACUUCAAAUUCAAGAAGGGAAGAGACUCUCCGAGCGAAGCCAGAAGUGCGCUCUUGGUCAUUGCAGUUCUGGUUGCCACUGCGACAUUCCAGAUCGGCAUCAACCCUCCUGGUGGCGUCUGGCAAGACACGCACGCAGCAGGGAAAAACACCACCGCAGACUAUACAAAACCACAUAAUGCAGGGGAGUCCGUUCUGGCUUCAGGAAAUCCAGUUGCGUACUCCAUGGUCGCGGUGUUCAACACGAUUGGAUUCUCCACCGCUCUACUGAUGAUCAAUGUCCUGACAAAGAGAUUUCCUUUACAACUCGAGCUGCAGAUAUGCAUGACGGCAAUGUAUGUUGCAUAUAACACGUCAAUCAUCACCAUCGCACCGGAUGAACUUAAGAAGAUUGUUGUCCCAUCAAUAUCAAUACUCCCCAUACUCAUGGGGUUUGCUGUUCAUUGGGCAAGAACAGUUAUGUAUCGUAUUGAACAGCUUGUACAGAGAAUGACACAUAGAGUCCCCUGA